AUGGACAGAGAUACCAAUCGGCAAGGAGAACAGGGCAAGGAGAACAGGGCAAGGAGAACAGGGCAAGGAGAACAGGGCAAGGAGAACAGGGCAAGGAGAACAGGGCAAGGAGAACAGGGCAAGGAGAACAGGGCAAGGAGAACAGGGCAAGGAGAACAGGGCAAGGAGAACAGGGCAAGGAGAACAGGGCAAGGAGAACAGGGCAAGGAGAACAGGGCAAGGAGAACAGGGCAAGGAGAACAGGGCAAGGAGAACAGGGCAAGGAGAACAGGGCAAGGAGAACAGGGCAAGGAGAACAGGGCAAGGAGAACAGGGCAAGGAGAACAGGGCAAGGAGAACAGGGCAAGGAGAACAGGGCAAGGAGAACAGGGCAAGGAGAACAGGGCAAGGAGAACAGGGCAAGGAGAACAGGGCAAGGAGAACAGGGCAAGGAGAACAGGGCAAGGAGAACAGGGCAAGGAGAACAGGGCAAGGAGAACAGGGCAAGGAGAACAGGGCAAGGAGAACAGGGAAUGGACAGAGAUACCAAUCGGCAAGGAGAACAGGGCAAGGAGAACAGGGCAAGGAGAACAGGGCAAGGAGAACAGGGCAAGGAGAACAGGGCAAGGAGAACAGGGCAAGGAGAACAGGGCAAGGAGAACAGGGCAAGGAGAACAGGGCAAGGAGAACAGGGCAAGGAGAACAGGGCAAGGAGAACAGGGCAAGGAGAACAGGGCAAGGAGAACAGGGCAAGGAGAACAGGGCAAGGAGAACAGGGCAAGGAGAACAGGGCAAGGAGAACAGGGCAAGGAGAACAGGGCAAGGAGAACAGGGCAAGGAGAACAGGGCAAGGAGAACAGGGCAAGGAGAACAGGGCAAGGAGAACAGGGCAAGGAGAACAGGGCAAGGAGAACAGGGCAAGGAGAACAGGGCAAGGAGAACAGGGCAAGGAGAACAGGGCAAGGAGAACAGGGCAAGGAGAACAGGGCAAGGAGAACAGGGCAAGGAGAACAGGGCAAGGAGAACAGGGCAAGGAGAACAGGGCAAGGAGAACAGGGCAAGGAGAACAGGGAAUGGACAGAGAUACCAAUCGGCAAGGAGAACAGGGCAAGGAGAACAGGGCAAGGAGAACAGGGCAAGGAGAACAGGGCAAGGAGAACAGGGCAAGGAGAACAGGGCAAGGAGAACAGGGCAAGGAGAACAGGGCAAGGAGAACAGGGCAAGGAGAACAGGGCAAGGAGAACAGGGCAAGGAGAACAGGGCAAGGAGAACAGGGCAAGGAGAACAGGGCAAGGAGAACAGGGCAAGGAGAACAGGGCAAGGAGAACAGGGCAAGGAGAACAGGGCAAGGAGAACAGGGCAAGGAGAACAGGGCAAGGAGAACAGGGCAAGGAGAACAGGGCAAGGAGAACAGGGCAAGGAGAACAGGGCAAGGAGAACAGGGCAAGGAGAACAGGGCAAGGAGAACAGGGCAAGGAGAACAGGGCAAGGAGAACAGGGCAAGGAGAACAGGGCAAGGAGAACAGGGCAAGGAGAACAGGGCAAGGAGAACAGGGCAAGGAGAACAGGGCAAGGAGAACAGGGCAAGGAGAACAGGGCAAGGAGAACAGGGCAAGGAGAACAGGGCAAGGAGAACAGGGCAAGGAGAACAGGGCAAGGAGAACAGGGCAAGGAGAACAGGGCAAGGAGAACAGGGCAAGGAGAACAGGGCAAGGAGAACAGGGCAAGGAGAACAGGCCGCUGUCGCCCAUGUUUGUUGUAACGACUCCAGUCAUUAAGCUCCAUGCAGAGUGA